UAGUUUGAGAAGAAUUCCAAGUGCAUGUCACAUCUUGUUGAUCAUCACAACGAUAUGGGAGACUUUCAAGUCGACUAUGGGCAAACUUUAUUCAUGUGCAUUUUGUAUUUAUCUAUAGGAUCAGUAUCUAUAUUCUGCAGUUUAACAACGAUUACUUUAUACUUGACCAAUCGUGAUUUACGACGAAAAUACAUUUUAUAUUUGGUUUUAGAUUGUUGUGAACUAUUGGAUGCCAUUAGUUAUGUGUUACUAGGUACUGGAAGAGGUCAUGAACUUUUAACUGGUGUGAUGGCUGUACCUAUUACAGUUCGAGCUUGUUUCUUCACGAAAUACUGGCCUCAAUCUUUAAUUCUUGGAACUCAACUUCCCUCAAUUUGCACUUUAUUCUUAUCUUUUGAACGAAUCUUGGCAGUUGUUCGGCCGGCGGUUUAUAAGAGAAUGUGCACUCAGAACUUUAAAUAUUGUUUUGUGGCAAUGGUUCCGGUUUGGGCAGUGCUAACACUUGUUGCUGCUGGAGUAUCAGUUAUAGGAGAAGAUGGAGAUAGAGUGGUUGGAACUAGGCAUUGUGCAAUUAUUACAAGUACUAGUAGAUGGUACGCGACAUUCCACUUCAUUUUCAUAGUUCUGACCUACGUUAUCGCCUUUUUCUCGACUCUGGUUGUCUGGGCGACACGAAGGACUUUAACAAAAAGCAAGUAUGGCUCACAAGAUGACAAACUCGGAAUGAUUCUUGCAAUGUCUGGAACAUCGAUUAUUUUGCUAGCUUCACCGGCGGUUGUCAUGUUGACUAUUAGAUGGGAUAUUACUGGAUGGGGAGAUAUUGAAGUUGCAAUUACCUAUGCAAUGCCUGGAUUCUUAUCAGUUGUUAAUACUAUCAUAUCAUUCCGGUUUCGAAAAGAGCUACGAUCUCAGUUUUAUAAUUUAAUUGGAAAACAAGUAAAAAGUCAUAAACCGGAACAAUCCAUGUUCACCAGGACGACAAUGACUACUCGAAGAACUACGAUGAUUCAUCAUCUAUCAUGAAACUAUACAAUUAAUUAUCAAUUGUUUCAUUAGUCCGUUUUCAGGAACAUAAUAAAGCACUGGAACAAUUAU